AUGGACCUGGACCUGCCUGCUCCGCCAGUGAGCAAGAAGCAGAAGCUGGGUGGAUACGACUUCUACCGCUCUAUUGGGAGUCCAAGAUAUGUCGUUGCGCCAAUGGUGGACCAGUCUGAGCUGGCAUGGCGUAUGCUAUCUCGGGCACCUCUGCCUUCCUCCCUUGCUGGUCCCAGCACAAUCACACCCCCUACCCCGGAAGGCCGCACAUAUACCCGGCACACGGGUGGUGCGGACCUCUGCUAUACGCCCAUGAUCCACGCCAAGAUCUUCGCGAGCUCAAAGACGAAGUCAAAGGGGUCUGACGGGCAAUUCGACGUCACCCACGGAGAGGAGGGUGCGGAAGACUUAUUAGCGGGGAUAGAGGGCGGGGAUCGGCCGUUGUUCGUUCAGUUCUGUGCCAAUGAUCCAGAUCAACUUCUUGCUGCUGCAAAGAAAGUCGAGGCUCAUUGUGACGCGGUGGACAUUAACUUUGGAUGUCCGCAGGGCAUCGCGAAGAGAGGGAACUAUGGGGCAUUCUUGCAGGACGACUGGGAUCUGAUACAAAAGCUUGUCGGCACUCUUCACACCAACCUCUCCAUCCCCGUCACCGCCAAGUUCCGCCUUCAUCCCGAUCCUGUCCGCACCAUAGCCUACGCCAAGAUGCUCGAAGCUGCCGGAGCUCAGAUUUUGACCGUACACGGCCGGACAAGGGAGAUGAAGGGCCAAUUUACCGGUCUAGCCGACUGGGAGAUGAUCAAGAAGGUCAAGGAGGCGGUCAGCGUGCCGGUAUUCGCGAAUGGCAAUGUUCUGUACGGGGAAGACGUUGAGAGGUGUCUGGAAUUGACGGGAUGCGAUGGAGUGAUGAGUGCCGAGGGAAAUCUUUCGAACCCAGCGCUCUUCCUUCCGCCGUCUCAUCCCCACGCCCACCCCUCAAUGACAGUCCUCGCCCACAGAUACCUCGAUAUCGUCGCUUCUCUACGUACACCCACUGGCAACUCUGCGAUGAAGAGCCAUCUCUUCCGCCUCCUCAAGCCUGUACUCGAUAAGCAGCCAGACGAGACCCUGCGGAUAGAGAUCGCAAAGUCGCGGGAUGUCGAGGAAUUGCGAGCGGUAGUGAGAACGAUAGAGGGGAUUCUGAAGCCCGAUGUCGAUGCUGCUGGCCCCUCAUGGCGUCCUCCUCCAAUAGACCCGAAGACGGGGUACCGCGACCUCCCCACCUGGGUAGCCCAACCUUACAUUCGCCCUCUCCCAACGUCCGGACCUUCCGAUCCCGCUCCCGAUCCUUCCGAAGCCACGGCAGCCACCUCAGCUGCCGGACCGUCUUCACCUCCUCGAUCGUACUUACCGACCAUCUCCCGCUGUAUCAACCCCUCGUGUCCACAUUCGGCAGCCACUAAGUGCCCUCAUGGCGCUUGUCUGACGCAUUGCCGUUCCCUCCUCGCCACCCGGGGUGGGAUGGACGAGGCGCAAGCUGAAAAGGAGGCGAGUGAGGGUGGUCUAGUCGGAAAGGGUUGCGAGGAACAUGAGGCGAAAGUCAGGGCGAGGGAGGAGCGGAUGGCGCAGAAGCGGAAACAUGCCAAGGAGGCCCGUGGGAGUGGGACGGAGAAAGAGAAGAGGAGAAAGACGGUACAUGCGGAGGGGAAGGCGGGCUGGAAUGCGAGUCUGCAUGGAGAAGCGGGGAACGAAGAGGAGCGCUUCAUGGCUGGUCUAGCAUCGUAG